AGAAGGCUGAUCAGCUGAAGGAUUGGUCCAAAUGGUCGUUUCACAGGGAGAACUCAUGGUCAAGGCCUGUGCCGACAUCGCCCACGAACUCAUCGUCGCCCACGAAGCCGGCAAAGACGUAAACCUAAACGGCCUCAAAAUCAAAGCCUCCAAGAAAUUCAAGUUAUCCGGCCAACCCCGCCUCGUCGACAUCAUCGGCGCAAUCCCAGAUCAAUACCGACAAUACCUCCUCCCGAAACUGAAAGCGAAGCCGGUACGGACUGCGUCGGGGAUUGCGGUCGUCGCGGUUAUGUGUAAACCGCAUAGAUGUCCGCAUAUUGCGAUGACGGGGAAUAUCUGCGUGUAUUGUCCUGGAGGGCCGGAUUCGGAUUUUGAGUAUUCGACACAGUCGUAUACGGGGUAUGAGCCGACUUCGAUGCGUGCGAUUAGGGCAAGAUAUGAUCCAUAUGAGCAGGCGCGUGGACGUGUGGAGCAGUUGAGACAGCUUGGGCAUAAUGUGGAUAAAGUGGAGUACAUCAUCAUGGGAGGAACAUUCAUGUCCCUACCGGAGCAAUACCGGGAUUGGUUCAUCGCAAACCUACAUAACGCCAUCUCCGGACACACCACCGAAAACGUCGACGAAGCUGUUGCGUUCUCGGAACAGUCAAAUACGAAGUGUGUCGGUAUUACCAUCGAGACGCGACCAGAUUACUGCUUGGACCAGCAUUUGUCCUCCAUGCUCCGCUACGGCUGUACCCGUCUCGAAAUCGGCGUCCAGUCUGUGUACGAAGACGUCGCCCGCGACACAAACCGUGGCCACACCGUCAAAGCCGUCUGCGAAACCUUCCGUCUCGCAAAAGACGCCGGAUACAAAGUCGUAUCACACAUGAUGCCCGACCUCCCCAACGUCGGGAUGGAGCGCGAUUUGUUUCAGUUUCAGGAGUAUUUCGAAAACCCAGACUUCAGAACCGACGGUCUCAAAAUCUAUCCGACCCUCGUUAUUCGCGGAACGGGGUUGUAUGAACUUUGGCGGACGGGGCGGUAUAAGAAUUAUACACCUAACGCACUCAUCGACCUCGUCGCGCGUAUCCUCGCGCUCGUACCACCCUGGACCAGAAUUUACCGUGUCCAGCGCGAUAUCCCCAUGCCCCUCGUCACCUCCGGUGUCGAAAAUGGUAAUUUGAGAGAGUUGGCAUUGCAGCGCAUGAAAGAUUUCGGCACGACUUGUCGUGAUGUGAGGACGCGUGAGGUCGGAAUUCAGGAGGUUCAUCAUAAAGUUCGUCCGGAUCAGGUGGAGUUGAUUCGUCGCGACUAUACUGCGAAUGGAGGAUGGGAGACAUUCUUGGCGUAUGAGGAUCCGAAGCAGGAUAUCCUCGUCGGACUUCUCCGUCUACGAAAGUGCUCCGACCGUACGUUCCGUCCAGAGUUGACGGGACAACCCACCUCCCUCGUCCGCGAGCUCCACGUCUACGGAUCCGUCGUCCCCCUCCACUCUCGUGAUCCGAAGAAAUUCCAGCACGCGGGUUUCGGAACGUUGUUGAUGGAGGAGGCGGAGAGGAUUGCGAGGGAGGAACAUGGGAGCUUGAAGAUCAGUGUUAUUUCUGGUGUUGGGGUUAGGAAGUAUUAUCAGCGACUUGGGUAUUGGUUGGAUGGGCCUUACAUGUCGAAGUGGUUGGAUGGGCGGGAGCAGAAGGCGUGA